AUGAUUUGCAUGGCGGAAUUAAAUAUGGACAACUUCAUAUCAAUUGAUUGCAUCUUCAAGACAAUCAAUAUAAUAUGCGCCAAUAGUGACAGUGACAGAACGACUAUUCAUUGUGCACUGUCGAAGGGAACGAGGUACACGUAUACGGGCACAUUUCAUACAAACUGAAUUUCCAAACGAUUUCUAUAAAUAAAUAAGACUUAAAGGAUCUGACAGCAAAAGUCAGCAUGAAUCCUUAUUCAGUCAAUGGUGCUUUGAAUCGAGAGAAGAAGCAGAAGUGCAAAGACUGUAAGCACAAGCAAACUGUAGUCGUAGUAAAGCGAGAGGUCAAGGAGGAGCCAAAAGAUGGCGUGGAAAUGAUUCAAUAUUCGUCACCGCCGUCACCAGUCGCACCAUCGAUUGUCAAUAUCAAAUCAGAAAGUGAGAGUGACGAUGAACUCGUUGAUGUGAAAAAGGAGAUCAAAUGUGAAGGUGAAUGUUGGAAGAAAGAUUACGACAUCGCAAAGAAAGGUGGGGAGGAGGAUGAAAAUGAAAGCGGCGGUCAAAUUGGUGAAAAUCAAAACGCUCUAAGGAAAAACUCAAACAUCAAUCGCAAACGAUGUAUGCGUGAAAAGAAGAAGGCACGAAAAGGCAGAUCUUCGAAACAAUCAGCAGCAAAGGGACCGAAGAAACACAAAUGUCAUUUGUGCAAUUAUGCUUCAUCUAACAAACCAAAUGUUACAAGACAUAUUCGGACGCACACUGGCAAGACGCCCUUUGAAUGUGAAAUAUGCGCCAAAACUUUUUCAGACAAAAGCAAUUUGAAUAGACACCAGAAAAUCCAUGGUGGCAUUAAGCCAUUCGCAUGUCAUGUUUGUUCCAGCGCAUUUGUAACCAAACAGAAUCUAAACAAGCAUUUUCGGACUCAUGUCAAACAACUGUCGUUUGCCUGCCUGAAAUGUGGUCAUCGAUUCGCUCAAGAAAAUGAAAAACAAUUGCAUGAGGAUCGAUGCAAAUGCCGACGAUUCCAAUGCUAUCUCUGUCCACAUCAAUGUUUUUGCAAAACCAAUUUGAAGCACCAUAUGCAAGCAAAACACUUGGGCGAAAAACCAUUCCAAUGUGGUGUUUGUGAAAAGGAAUUUUCUCAGAAGAGCAAUCUUAAGAAACAUUUGGCUACACAUGCCAAACAACUUUCGUUUCGUUGUGCCAAAUGUUAUCGACCGUUUGCACAAGAAGACGACAAGAAAGCACACGAAAAACGCUGCAAUCGUCGCCUGCAUCAGUGCUACUUGUGUAAAGUUUCAAUGGUUCAGUCACAUCAAUUAAAGCUGCACAUGAGAAACCAUCAUACGGGUGACAAGCCAUUUCCGUGCAAACUAUGUGACACACGAUUUGCAAUGCAAGGUGGUGCUAAACACCACAUGAAAACCGUUCAUCGUCAGAUGGAAUAUAGUAACUGAAUAUUCUCAUCUGAAAACUUUCAAAUCACAAUAUAUUGAUCAUAACUCUUUUGGCAUCUUUUCUUCUUCUCCAUAACAUUGAAAUCACAGAAUAACGAGCAGUUUAAUUCAUGUACUAUUGCUUCAAUUACAAAAUAACAAUACAAAUAGAAAUAGAGAUAAAUCAGAACUCCAAAAA